AUGGCUCAACGAUCGUCUCAUCAACAACAUAUUGUGGGGAUUCAUUACGCUGUGGGGCCAAAAAUUGGUGAAGGUUCAUUUGGUGUCAUUUUCGAAGGUGAAAAUAUCUUAAAUAAAGACAAUGAUAAUAAUGGCCAACAACAAUUGAAUCAACCAGUCGCAAUCAAGUUUGAACCACGUCGUUCAGAUGCUCCACAAUUACGAGAUGAAUUUAGAGCUUACAGAAUUUUAAAUGGUUGCGCAGGAAUUCCUCAUGCGUAUUAUUUCGGUCAAGAAGGUAUGCACAAUGUAUUAAUUAUUGAUCUUUUAGGUCCAUCUUUGGAAGAUUUAUUUGAGUGGUGUGGAAGAAAAUUCUCCAUAAAGACUACUUGUCUAGUGGCAAAGCAAAUGAUUCAAAGAGUUAAAACCAUUCAUGACCAUGACCUUAUCUAUAGAGACAUUAAGCCCGAUAAUUUCUUAAUUUCAGAAUAUCAACGUUUAUUGCCGGGGGGUAAAGUUAUCAAGUCUUCUGCUACUUCUGCAAAUGGUGAUCCAAAUUUAAUUUACAUGGUGGAUUUUGGUAUGGCCAAACAAUAUAGAGAUCCAAGGACGAAGCAACAUAUCCCUUAUAGAGAAAGGAAAUCUUUAAGUGGUACUGCAAGAUACAUGUCAAUAAAUACGCAUUUUGGUAGAGAACAAUCAAGAAGAGAUGAUUUAGAAUCAUUAGGUCAUGUAUUCUUUUAUUUUUUAAAGGGAUCCUUGCCAUGGCAAGGUUUAAAAGCUCCGAAUAAUAAAUUGAAAUAUGAAAAAAUUGGUUUGACCAAACAGAAGCUGGAUCCUGAGGAACUAUUAACGGAUUCGAUACCUCAACAGUUUGCAACAUAUUUGAAGUAUGUUAGAGGUUUGAGGUUUAAUGAAGACCCUGAUUAUAAUUAUCUAAUAUCAUUAAUGGACGAAGUCCUUGUGAAUUGUGAUAAAGAUCAAAAUUACGAUUGGAUGGAACUGAACAAUGGGAGAGGUUGGGACAUAACGAUAAAUAAUAGAACUAAUCUUCAUGGUUAUGGUAAUCCUACACCUAGAAAUAAUCAUCAGAAUAAUAUAAAUAACAUUAACAAUAACAAUAAUGGAAGCAAUUAUAAUAACAAUACUGCAACAAAUAUUAACAUCAAUCAAUCAUCAUCAAAUAUUAAAACCAUAUCACAGAAUAAUCGACAUCAGCAGCAUCAAAAACUUACGAUUUCAAAUAAUUCUAAGCAGCAACAGGGAAGAUUUUCUUCAAGCUUAGAACCUUCAACAUCUUCAAACACCAGAAAACUCGUCAAAACAUCAGCUACCACUUAUGAAUCUAGAAGUAACAGUAAUAAUAAUAAAGAUAAUGUUGGUGGUGAAUUUACCAGGCGUAAUACUGAACCUUUCUCUAAUGAUGAGACAAAUGUGAAUAGUUCUACAAAGUUAUUGCAUAAAAAUAUUGAUAGUAAUGUUAAUUACAAUAUAAGGUCCAAUGAUGGCUUGGAGGGUAGUGGUAAAAUGAUGCAAUAUCAGAGCAUUAAUUUGUAUCAUCAACAACAGGAAUCUCUGGAAGAUGAUUCUAAUAGUAGUUCAAAUGAAGGCAUAUUGUACAAAUUAUGCUGUGGAUGUUGUUAA